AUGACCAGAAAUCUGUCAUUUAUCGCCACUGUCGCUCUUUCGACAACAGUCAUUCCAGCCGCUGGCUCAUUCAUUUCACCCGGACCCAUCAUCCCAAAUGUACCCUCAUACAUCUUUUCCAUGCCCCUCGAUCACUUCAAUGCUUCCGAUCACCGUACCUUCAACAAUCGAUAUUACCUCAAUGACACAUACUACAAGCCAAGCAGUCCAGUCUUUUUCUUUGACUAUGGAGAAUCAGGCUUCUCACCCUACUACGCGGGAAUUUUCCUAGCCGAAUCCACCGAGCAAUCGGCUGUAAUGCAGCUUGCAAAAAGGUUCAAUGGUCUGGCUAUUGGAUGGGAACACCGAUACUUCGGCUCAAGCUUACCGUUUCCAAUGGCUUUGGGGAAUAACACGCCCGUGACUCCCGCGGAGUGUUAUAAUUCCGCUGAUUGCACGCACUUGCUCAUCGAUUCCCCGGGGAGUUACCGCUAUAUGACAGUCGAACAAGCUCUCGAAGACGCGAAUUAUUUUGCCAGGAAUUUUGAGCUUCCUAAGGGAAGAGGAAGCUAUUCUAAAAGCUCGCUCACUGCAGAUAAAACGCCGUGGAUCUGGAUCGGUGGCUCAUACCCCGGUGCAAGAGCGGCGUUUGCUCUAAUCCGUAACCCCAAGACCUUCUUCGCGUCCUGGGCAUCUUCUGCCCCAGUACAAUGGCGCAAAAAUGGAUCAGCUUAUUUUAAUCCUAUUGAGCGCUCGCUUCCGGAGCCUUGCCGAACUGAUAUUCUCGCGAGCGUGAAAUAUGCGGAUGAGAUCUUGAGUGGGGAACAUGGAAAAAGGUCAUUCAAAAGUCUACAGAGACUUCUCUACCUUGCACAAGAGACCAUCAGUGGAUUGAAUACAUCAUUCGAUAUCUCUGGUGCUGAUAGUCUCGGCGUGAGAAGUAUUGCGCAUGGACUUGCUACAGCUGUGCAGGAUGGCUACCAAAGUCUAGGCCCCAAAGCUACAACCGACAUAUUGUGCUCUUUUAUGGUCGCUUACGAUCCAACUGCUACACCUGAGAACCGGACGAGUCCCGAAAUGUCAGUUCUCAGCAACCCCGGAACCAGGAAGCCUAAUGCAAACGGACUUGCUGCGACUUACAAUUCCUCUAUUGCAUUUGAAGCCUAUCUCUACGGAUACCGUCACAUGGAGUCCGCACUCGCAACCACUGACAGUCAAGUAGCACCCGAUUCUUGGGAUAACGUUGCCGACAUCUCCUGGAACUAA